GUUGCUGUCCUUCCCAGUCGGUUCCUCGCUUUCUCCCUCGUCGCACUUAGGGUUCUCGGUCUGAAGAUUCUCGCGCCGAAGGGUCAACCAGCCCAAUCAGCUCGUCACCACCUGUCCCCUCCUCCUUUGAUGGCAAAACCAGGUUACUGAGACAGUACAGCUCCCUCUAACAAACCUAGGGCCGUGUACAUAGUUCCCGUCCACCUUCUGACGGUGUCUGCCUCCGCGCACAAAAAAUGAGAUGGGCAUCGCUGCCUACGCCGACGGCCAGAGGCCCGCGCAUCUACAUUUUUUCGCCUGACCCCAUCAGUGCCGACCCAACUACACCACCACGCGCAUGCCUCGCGGCGGAUAUGCGCAGCAGCAAGAAGGUUUCGGUCAUCCCUUGAGGGUGAGUCUAGCCCUGCUCGCCAGAAAGACCCCCCCCUUCGCUACAACCCAUGUCUAAGCAAACGCUUGUCGAGGAGCGAGGGGAAGAAGGGAGAGCCUGCCUGAGGUAUUUUUAUCGCGAGAAGGGUACAAACAGCCUAACAUCUAUGUUGAGGAUGGUGCUUUUCGUUGAGGAUGAAACGCACGCGGAAAUGUUUCCAGCAACUGCAAAAUUAUUUUUGGACAGAAACGUUUGUGUAGUAGAGGGGAGCACCCCGCGGCGAUUAGCUGUUAGUGGUGCCACCGGGGAUGCCGUCUCUAUCGAGCCGGUAUUAUACUUGGAAUAUUACAUGCACGUAUGGGUGUUCCUUCUUCUUAGCAACAACAAGAACAUAAUAGUUUAUUACGGUGAACACUUGCGCAGUAGUUAGGAGUAGUAAUACAUACUCGAGUAUUGGUUGUGUCCUCUGUGGCGGUGGAUUUGUACUACGACAUACUCGGAGUACUAAUAAUACGGAGUAUUCUCGUCGUCUCUGUCUUGCGCUUGAUGUUAUUGUGCCUCUUCUUUUUGUUCUCCUCCGAGUGUCAUACUACUACUACUACUACUACUACUACUACUACUACUACUAAUAAUAAUACUAAUAAUAAUAAUAAUCGGUUGAACGGCGCUAGAUAGACAAAAAAUGUUCUUUCAUCAUUUCGCGUGGUCGCAGGCUUCCUCGUUCUCCUCCUGCUGCUGCUGUGUAACAACGGGCGGAAUUCCAACUCCAUCUAGUUGUGUAGUAGUAGAAGAGCCCCUGCCCCCACGAACGAGUACUAACCCGAAGACCAAGCUGCUCGAAAACUACCACACGCAGCAACAACAACGGCCAAACCGACGGACAGACAGGCUGAGACAGACAUUUGAUAUUCUUCGUUUCAAGUUCCUCCAAACGAAAUCUCACGCUCGCUUGUUAAAAGAUAUAGGCAAAAAACAAAUAGAAAGGGGUAUCCUCACAUCCAAUCUUCAUUCACGUUAAAAACUACGUGUUUGCAGCUGUGUUUGACUUCAUCAAUCAAUCGAGAAUCCCCCCGCUCCUCC